AUGGCCGCAACCACCCCACUCCUCGCCGGCCUGCUGCAGAAAGCUACCAUCGACGACCACGAUGAGAUACUCCGAGCCAGUAAUGCUGCUCUCAAGAAGUCCAGCAGCGACAAACAGGCGCAAGACGUCCAGGUCGUUGCCUUGAUCAAGUUGGACCGCUUCGACGAGGCGUACAAAUUUAUACAACAGACUGGCUCGUCGAUACAGGACAGGCUACCGCUCGAGUGCGCGUACGUGUUGUACAAAACAGGGCAUCUCAAAGAGGCAGCCGAUCUUGUGGCCAAGUCCAGCGGGCGUGGAGCGUUACAUCUUGAAGCACAGGCACAAUAUCGACUUGAGAACAGCGCUAGGGCACUGGAACUUUACGAGCAGCUUCGGCAGGACCAAGCUACGGAAGAGAAGUAUGAUAUCAGGGUCAACAGAGCCGGCGCCGAAGCGCAGAAUCAGUGGCUGGGAUCACAGUCGUCGACACGACCGAGCGGAGAGGAUUUGCAACAAUUCGAAACCGCCUACAAUGCCGCCUGCAGCAGCAUCGCGCGACAAGAGUUCGCACAGGCAGAGAUGCUGUUGAAACGCGCUUACGACCUGUGCAAGAAUCACGCUGAGCUCGAGGAAGAGCAGAAGGACGAAGAGUUGUUACCAAUCAGAGUGCAGCAGAUCUACGUCCUUCUGGUCCAGGGCAAAACUGAAGAAGCUGAUGCCAUGGCCAAUGAUCUACCCCUGCAGUCUAUUGCAGACAAGGAAAGCAGAACAGUCGCGCAGUCGAACAGUCUACUCACCUCGUCAAGGUCAGACAAUCCCUUUCUACUGCACAAGACGCUGCAGACAGUUCCGAAGCUGUCUGCUGGGGAGCAGCUGUUCUCCUACCAAGCCGCAGCGUUCGCAUCUAACAAGAAGACGGUCGAUCUGGCUGCUAUGAAAUAUGAUGGUCUGUCAAGCACAGGUCAAAAGAAGAGCGCACCACUGCUCACCGUGGAGUCUCUUCUAUCUUCCAUCUUCCGCGCAGCCGCGAUCGCCGAGAACGAGACCUCGAAAGCUGCGGCACGAAAGGUUGACGCGGCGUUCAAGAAGAGUUCAUCAGACAUUGGGCUAGCGCUAACACUCACGCAAAUACAUCUUCUGAUAGGCGAUACCACCUCAGCUGUGAGCACAAUACAGUCACUUUUACACCAAUUAGAAUCCUCCGAGGAGGCCGACAUCAAGGCCACUAGGCACAAUCCUGGCCUAAUUAGCAUUCUAGUCGGUCUCUACCGAAGACUCGGCCGCAAAGCAGACAUCAAAGCAGAAUUAGCAAAGUCUGCAGCAUACUGGCGAACACAAUCAAACGCACCACCAUCACUCCUACGAGCGGCAGGCUCAUCCCUGCUCGAAAGCGAAGACAAGGCCGACAUAGAAGCAGCCGCGGAAAUGUUCAGUAAACUACGGCAGCAACGACCCGAUGACAAAGCAGCCAUCGCAGGCUACGUAGCUUCCCACGCUGAUGGCGCCACCGACGAGAUCCGUACAGAAGCAGAAAGGCUCACCUCGGUAAGCGACCUGACGCGCAAUAUCAACGUUGACGACCUUGAGCGAGCCGGCAUACCACAAGCGUCGAAUGCGCUAGCUAUUGCGGUAGGUCGAUCACGCAAGCGGGCUGCCGAUGGUACGUCUUCACGGGCGAAGAAAGUACGAAAGUCGCGACUGCCCAAGGACUAUGAUCCCAACAAGAAUGUGGAUCCUGAACGGUGGCUGCCGAUGCGCGACCGCAGUUACUAUCGUGCGCCGAAGGGAAAGAAGAAAGGGAAGAAGGGUGGCGGGGAGACUCAGGGUGGGAUUGUGAAUGAGAGUCUGGAUGCGCAAAGAGGGAGUGGCACGAGUACGCUUGUUCCUGCCGCUGCUGGCGGUGGUGGUGGGAAGAAGAAGAAGGGCAAGAGAUGA